GGCAGGGAACUGUUGCCGGGUCAAAGCGGCAGCAGCAGCCGUUGUUCGCAGCACUAUGGCGGCAGUGCGCAGCUUACGGGUGUCGGUGAAAUCAGACAGCGGCUCGGACCGCUCUGAUUCGGGCUCCGACUCCGAGUCGGAGCGGGAUACCCGCGAGGCCGAGCCGAUGGAGGUGGAGGAGGGGGAGCUGGAGGCCGACGACGACGUCUCCGUGAACCGCUCUUUGAAGGAGCUGCUGCCGGACACAAGUCGCAGGUAUGAAAACAAAGCUGGAGCCUUCAUCACGGGCAUCGACGUCACCUCCAAGGAGGCGAUCGAGAGGAAAGAGAAGCGAGCGAGACGUUUCCAUUUCUGUGGUGAGGAGGAGAGUGUCGUCCAGAGGAACGUGUUCCUCCACAAAGACACCAUGAAGAAAGCGAUCCCCAGACUCCGCCUGGAGGCCAUUUAUGUGACGGGCGUGGACGACAUGAGCACGCAGGACAUCUUUGGAUACUUUAAGAAUUAUCCUCCAGCGCACAUCGAGUGGAUCGACGACACGUCCUGUAACGUGGUGUGGUUAGACGACGACACCUCUGUCCGAGCGCUCAUCAACAGCAGCCGGAUGCCCGACCCGGACACCGUCACCACGGAGACGGAGAGCAGCGGUGAGCCGGGCGAGGAGAGCAAAGGUCAGGGAGGUCAAGGGUCAGACGAUGAAGACUGCGAAGAGGAGGGUGAGGUGGAUGAGGACGUGGAGGAGACGACGAUGACGACGAAGAAGAGCAGCGAAGAGAAGGACAGCAACGGAGAGGUGGAGCAGAAGACGACGACGACGGAGGGCGAACAGGUGGAUGAUCUGUCUCGAGUAGAGAGAGAGUCUCUGCUGAGGAACGACCUGCGGCCGGUGAUCAAACCUUUCAGGGGAAACAAACUUCUGCUGCGCUUCGCCACACACGAUGAUAAGAAAGAACUCGGCGCCGCUCGGCGCAGCAGAUACUACAUGAAGUACGGGAACCCAAACUAUGGAGGAAUGAAAGGAAUCCUGAGCAACUCCUGGAAGAGACGUUUCCACAACCGUCGGAUCCAGCGAGACGUCAUCAAGACCAAAAAACCUCUGAUUGGAGACAGUCUGGGACACACGCCACCGUACACGCACCGACACUCAGCUGACCUGGUUAAUCUGCCUGAAGAACCCAUCAAAGAGGAAGAGGAGGAAGAGGAGGAGGACGGGGACGAGGACGAGGACAUGGACUCGGACGACAGAGUGGUAGAGUACAAAGAGCGUGGCGAAAAGGGCGUGCGCCUGAUGGGGGCGGGGCUUCGCACCCGGGCGGAGCGCUCUCCGUCACCGUGGUCGGAGUCGGACGAGAUGGAUUAUGACCUGGAGCUGAAGAUGAUCUCCACGCCGUCGCCCAAGAAGAGCAAGAAGAUGACGAUGUACGCCGACGAGCUCGACACACAGCUCAAGGGCAUCAGGAACCGUCUCGGAGGUUCAGGAUCUCAGACCAAGACCAAAUCACCGUCCCCGCCCAAAGUGACCGACGUCCGGCAGCUGCUGGAGGAGAAGAGACAGGGACACGGACAGCGCUCCCCGGUGUCCAGCAGUGGGAAGACAGAUGUUCGGCAGCGGCUCGGAAAAAGGCAGCGCUCGCCCUCCCCCGACUCCCCCAGGGACACGCCCCCAGCCAGAGAACCAGUCAGGGACAUUCACCGCAGACUGGGCGUGGCCAAUCAAGACAACAGGGGCGUGUUCUCAACCAACGCGUCCAAGGAGAGGAAGACGAGUGGACUGUGGAGCAGACUCGGCUCGGCCGAAGACGACAGCGGUGGAGGUGGCGCCGGACGCCAGAGCCGCCGACCCUCCUCCUCCUCAGCGACAUCGUCGGGGCGGGCCAACGAUGGCGGCGGGAAACGACGAGGUGACGGAGACGCGGAGGGAGGAGAGGAGGAGGCGCCGCCACCGGCGGCAGAGGAGGAGGACGACUCGACGCUUCAGAAGAUGUGGGGCGCCAUGAUCAAACAGAAGCAGGAGCGCGUCACGCACAAGUCGAAGAAAAGUCGACUGGACAACCUGCCGUCGCUGCAGAUCGAGAUCAGCCGCGACAGCAGCGACGACUCGGACGCAUGAGUGCGAGCAAGACUGCUGAGGCCGGGGCGGGGACCGAGAGAUGGAACACGGGGACGUCUGUCAUGGGAACAGUUUGUUGUUUUUGGUUUGAAUUCAACAGGAAGUCUGAUUCAAACUAAACUGAUCGUGUCUGACGUUGAUGGACGAUCGUCGGCCUCACGAUGUGUUCACGCUGAAUUGGAAGCUUCUUCUUCUUCUUCUUCUUCUUCUUCUUCUUCUUCUUUUUCUUUUUUUUUCGUGCUCUGUGGCAUUGCUGUGGUCGUUGGAUCAGUUGUGUUCUGCACUGAACCGAACCGUUCUGAUACACUGAAGCAAGCGAGGGGAACUUUGUGUCUGUGUAAAACCACCGUCAGCCGACCUCACGGUCACAUUUUCACUCUCCUUAUGUCUUCACGUCCGGGUUAAACGUCACGACUUAUUCCAGUGUCUGAAGACUCAAACUCCUGAGACGUCCAUCUGCGAGUUCUUGGUAAGCGAUUCCUGCCUUGUUCUCCCCUAUGCCCUGAGCAUUUAAGCAAACGGGUUUUUACAUUUACGGUGUCCUCGUCCUCCCUGUGGACACUGAUGGAAUAACAGGGACAGACGAGCAGAGACUUGAAGGGAAAUGUCCAAUCAUGUCCAUCGUUUUUGGUUUUUAUAUGGAUCAGUAUCGCAGAUGAUUAAAGGACCAGUGUGGAGGAUCUUAGUGGUGACCCCCAAAUGUUUGGUUUGUCCUUUUAAAGCUUUUUUUUUUCAUAGACUCCUAGCAUCCAACAUGGCCGCCUCUGGACGUCCUGCCGCUCAUGUCCACACAGACUCUGCAGAGAAUCCUUCACACUGGAGCUUUAAUGUAUGAGAAGCAGGUGUGUGGGUGCAAGUGGACUGAGCAGCUCGAGUGAAACAGGAUUAAAUUGUCUCAUCAGUGUUUUAGGGCCCAGGCUCACGGUUGUUUCACCUGUCGACCGUUUUCUCGAUUGUUUGGUCCAUAAAAUGUCCGAUCAGUGAUUGUCAAACCUGGAGAUGAUGAUGUUCUCAAAUGUCUUUGUUUCACAUUCAGUUUGAAUCAUUUCUUUGUUUAUUUGGAGCAAAGAAACCAGAAGCUGAAAAAAAUGACUCUAUAUAUAUAUAUAUAUAUAUAUAUAUAUAUAUAUAUAUAUAUAGGGUUAAAAUAACACUCACACUGAUUAAUCCAUGGUCAGAAUAGUUGGUCGUAGUCGAUUAAUCGUUGCAGCCCGACAGUGUUGUCGUCCUUCACAUCAGACUAAACUGAGACGUCACCAUAAAAUAAAGACUCCUCUCUUUUCUA